AUGGGUUUUAAGGAUUCAGUGUUUGUGAGUUGUUUGAUUCUAAUAGCGUUUGCGUGUUGGUUUAAUGCGAAGCGCGGCGAAGCAUUUGGUACGUUCGGAUUCGAUAUCCAUCACAGAUAUUCCGACACCGUUAAGGAAUUCUUGAAUCUGGAUGGGUUGCCGGAGAAGGGUACCGUUGACUACUACACCGCCAUGGCCCACCGCGAUCAUCUCUUGAAUGGCCGCCGCCUCGCCACCGCCGCCGCCAACCCGCUCGUCACUUUCUUCGGCGACGCCGGGAACGAGACGUACCAGAUCAGCUCUCUUGGAUUCUUGCACUAUGCAUUGGUUACUGUGGGCACCCCUCCGUUGGAGUAUCUUGUGGCGCUCGACACGGGUAGUGACUUAUUCUGGUUACCAUGCGACUGCACUUCAUGCGUGCGUAGCUUGAACACCACUUCUGGAAAGGCACUGAAGCUAAACAUAUACAGUCCUAGUACAUCGACAUCUGGAGCGCCAGUUUCAUGCAAUAGUACUAUUUGUGUCCAACCACAAAGAGGAUGCUCUGUUCGGCUAAAUGCUUGUGCUUACCAAGAAGAGUACCUCUCAAGCAACACUUCCAGUACAGGAAUAUUAGUUGACGAUGUUUUGCAUUUGGGUACAGAUACCGAUCCACAAGACCCCGUCGAUGCCCCUAUUACAUUAGG